AUGUGCCACGGACACCCCGCCGGACAUUCAUGCGGCCAUACUUCGCUGCACUGGCACUAUUGCCCGGCAGCCAAGAUCGACCUCAAUACGGGAUACCAAGAGCAAUGCAGCAACACGACCAUGGCCAAAGAACAGCCCUCAAACGCCGGUUGUCCCUUGCAGAACUGUGACUUCAAGAACACCAACGGCAACUGGACAUGCUGCCAAUGCGGCUCCCCAAACACGACCGGGUGGUGUGACGGCAUGCUGCCUAACCCGCGAUGGGAAAGAAAUGCCCUCACCAACGAAUGGCAGUACAUCCAGACCUGCGAUCACAAUUGCUGCAGGAACUGUCCCAGGGAAGACAGACCAGCACCUGCCCCCGGCUCGAGUGCCGAAAGCUCUCGGAAGAAGAGAAAGGAUUCCAGCAAGCGCGGUACCAGGGACCCCAGAGAUGGUGUAUCCAUGACCGCAGAGGAGGUCGGACAGUCGACAUCCUACGACAUUGCGCUGGACUACAGCGGGAAGGAAAAGAAGCACAACAAGGAGUCGUCGUCGAAGUCGAGGUCCCGGAGGCACUAG